GUCGGACACAGUGCCACUCAGUCUUUAUCUGGGUGCCGGAGGCAUAACUAUUCGGCCUUCUCCACCGGGCGUCAGUGAUUUCGGAUAAUUAACUUUCCAACUUGUUUUUUUUUUACCCUCCCAGAAACGUUAAAUUAAGGUGAACUGUAGGCAGGGAAAACCAACAUCACCACCACCACCAAAUACAGCCAGGAACCAGCGCCCACAAAAAUCCUCACCUCACGAGAAUGAAAAGAGGAGAGUUUCCGAGGCCAGCAAGAAAGAUGGUUAACUACUCGCACAUGCUCGUCGGUGCACUGGCUCUAACGUCAUUCGUUCUGCUCGUGAAAUACCGUAACCUAACUGCCAAGAUGUCCGAAGAUAACGUAGAACACGUCAUGUCCAAGAAAGCAUUAGAAAGUGACCUGGAAACUGAGAUCCGGAGGAAGAAGAGUUCAGAGGAACGGCUGAUUAAGACCAACAGGGAACUGAAAGAAGUCUCUUCUCAGCUCAAGGCUUCAAAAAACGAGUUGUACAAUACGGCCAGCGCAUUACAGACGAGUCUUCAACAAAUAGAGGUACUACAACGAGAAAACGCUUCUAAAACAGAAGUGGUCACUCAGCUGCAAAAAAUAAAUGGUGACCUUCAGCACCAGAUUAAAAUCUUGCAAGAGUCGCUUGCCGAGGCAGAAAAUAUGAUUGCGAAAACAAAGGCUCUUUCAGACGACAAUGCCAACACACUCAAGUCGUUCCAGGACAAACAGGCACAACUUCUGGACGAAAACCAAAACUUGGUGGAGAAACUCGAAAGUUUCAAGGAACUCCAAGGAGAAAAUGAAAACCUCAAGAAUCAGCUCAAGGUGGCACUAGAGGAAGCUAAGUCACUUAAAGCCAAAGAAACAGAACUGGAGAGUUCUAAAUCACAGAAGGGCCCUGAAAAGGUGCAACCUCCAAAUAGUCCCACUCGCAAGGAUGCACAACCACAAAGUGUCACAAACGCUGAAGCCAAGGCACAAAAGCUAGGCAAUGCUACAGUGCAGAAAUCAACAGGACCAGUCACCGCGAGACAAAAUGCAACAGGACCAGUCGCUCCAAAACAAAAUGCUAGUGAAAAGGAGACCGCUAAAGAACCGCCACAACCAGAUGCAGCACAAAAGGCAAAUGUAAGUGAGGAAUUGCAACCCUACGACAUGCUUGAAGAUGACGUCAAGGAACAGGUCAAGAAGGAAAUGCUAGCCAACGACAAAGAUGCAGCAGCUGAUGAGGGCGAAGACAACCCACAGGAGGAAAAAGAGGCAGAAGAAGCAGUUGAGGAUGCCGAGCAGAAGGGUGAAGCAAAGCAGGAAGACGGGGAGAAGGUCGAAGGAGAGGCCAAAGAGUCGGCUGUUGGGAGUGCCGUCACCGAACUGAGUGGUGAUGAUGGGGAUGAGGGAGAACCUGCUGAAGCCAAGAAGAGCUUCGCAGCUGAGCCAAAGCAGAGCGGGUCCUUCGAAAAGGGAGGUAAUGAAGUAAGCUUUGUAGCUGGGCCAGAGAGCAAGAUUUAAAAAAAGAAAAAAAAACCUAAUUCCAGUGCCAAUUCAGAUCCAAGUCUGCAUGAAAAAAUCUUUUCUAAUUGGUUUAUCAGGGCAUAGAGCAAAAUAGCAAGAAUUAUCAUAAGAUUUAAAUUUCGCUGAUUUAAUACAGUACUUGAAGUAAAUGUACAACUUCACUGUGUUUCAAGUCUCGACUUGCCACUUGAGUCAAUGUUAAGUUAUCUCGUACAUCAGUAAAAUUCAAAUCAUAUUAACGGAGAGUAAAGGGUUAAAAACAUCACCUUAAAUGUGAAUUCCAAAAACAAGAAUUGAGGUACUUUAUACCUCAACACAAUGAUAAAAUAAAACGGGAAAAUUUUCGCACUUAGAAAAAAAUAUAAAACUAAAAAUUGUGCUAUUACGAAAUGCAAAAAUAUGAACUAAGCCAGCAGCUGUCAACAUAUUUUUUUUUAAUGCUUCAAGUAAAUCUCUCCUUACAGGAUUCAUCUAUUUUUGUAUACUAUGUCACAUCAACAAUCACAGAUGCCAUUCUAGAAUGUUCAUGGAAGCAAUGACAGAACAGUACUACGUUGGCCUGAACAUAGUUCAGAUGGUGACAUUUCAAGCUGUACAAAAAAAGUGAACACAAUUAUCAGCAACCACAUUGAAAAUCUUUUCAGGGGUCACAUGUAUCAACCCAGUAGCCCCUCUAACCUAACUUUUUACAUGCAAAUCAUGUCUACACUUGACAUCUGCAGACUUGGGUCACAGAAGCAAAAAAGAAAAGAAACAAGACCCAAAACUAUAAUACCUACAAACUAGAACGAGUAUGUUUACGCAACCAUUCCAGGAAAGUUUUGUGAGUGAAUAUGCCAAUCAUCCACACUGCAUCCUGUUAAGCGUGUGAUAUUGCUGAAAUCAAAAUCCAAGAGUUAAAAGAGCACUGUAAGCAUAGAAGUCUGAUCAAAACUGUAACUAUGACAGAAAGAAUGCAACAUAUCUGGUUUUCAUCAUAUACUUUUUAGUACAGUUUAACCUGGCAAUGUAUAGAUACUUUGCUGCACUGUUCAUGAAAAUGACAUCAGGUUUGUGAGCCAUGGUAUCUAGCAAAUCCUUGAAAGACUACUGCAACACCUCAGAAAUCAUAACCAAGUUUUAUUGUAAUGUAAAUUACCAAGACAUUGUUUUCAACAAGUGAGUGCUAACCCACCAAAAGCUAGACACACAAAUCCUGUCAUCUAAAAAUAGCAAAGCUUGAAAUGUGUUACUCCUAGUUAAUCUUCAAUAGCAAUUUGUAUUGUGUAUACUCAACACUUUUCAUACAUAAAUUAGGAUUACAAAUGUAUAUAGGUAGUCCCCGGGUUACGACGGGGGUUCCAUUCUUGAGACGCGUCGUAACCGGAAAAUCGUCGUAAGCCGGAACAUCAUAAAAAAUCUUAAGAAAACCUUACUUUUAAUGCUUUGGGUGCAUUGAAAACUAUGUAAACUGCAUUCUUAUUGCAUUUUUCAUAAAAAAAACCUUCAAAUAUUGAUUACUUUGCAUUUUUAGAGUCAUAUUUCUUCUGCCAGAUCAGCAUUUGUAGGCAUCGUAACCCUGGAAAUAAUUUCUGAUGAAUAUAACUGAAAAGCGCCUUUACCUCGGAACGUCGUGAGCCGAACCCGUCGUAACCCGAGACUGCCUACUGUCAUUUUGAGUAGUAUACAAUCAUUGUAAUUCCAUACUAUGAACAAAUUGUAAAAUUAAAAAGUUUGCACAGCUAAUUACCAAAAAAAAUAAUAAUAAAAAGCCCUACAGUCGACCCCCAAUAUUCGUGGGGAAUGUCUACAACUCUCCAUGGAUAGCUAAAAUCUGCGAAUAAUUUAAACCUCUUUAAAAAAAAACUUAAGAACUGCCUAUUUUGAUAGUCCAAAAAUUAAAACAAAUAAAAAAAAAUCUAAAAAUGCUUCUACCCGAGAGUAUUUUAACAGUUUUAUUACAAAAGUGCAUCAAGUCAUGAAAAUAUGAAAAUACAGAAAUUAGUGAAUAUUUCUCAUUGGAAAAUACCACAAACGGGUGAAUUUUCUGCGAAUACUACACAAGUUCCACACAGAAAUCUGGAAAUUGGAGAAAGCCCCCAAUCCACAACUGUGAACAGGUGGGGGUCGUCUGUAUUGCGGUUUUGAUACGCUGAUUGUAAUUCUAUACCGUGAACAAAUUGUAAAAUUAAAAAUUUCCAUUGCUACAUUACCUAAAGGAAGCCAUACUUCUGUAGAUUAAGAACAUUUGCCAAAAAUAUGGGAGAAACUUAACCAUCCCAUUGCAUUUAUGGCUUCUAUUCACGAUUUCAUAUUUACCAAAGACAAUAUUUUUUGGGGGGUAAGAAAUUAUUCACAAGUUAGCUAAGGAACCAGCAUGGUUUCUUAUUAUAAACUUCAUGAAUAGUUUACAAUAAAAAGCCUUUCAUCUUUCCUAAAACUAGCAAGGAAUAUUUUUUUUAUGAUAAACUUUAUCAAGUUCUUAAUAUAAACUUUUCUCCUUUACUGGAAUAAUGGAAAAAGUAGCAAUGAACUACAUCAAAUAAAGUUUAUCUCAAAUAUCACAUGGACACACAAGUUUGUAUCUUUCGAAGUGUCCAUGCUUUAAGUUUGCAUGUACAGGACUACCUGUACUUGAUAUUUCUCAUUAUGUUUUAAAAGUAAUUAUCUAGUCAUGACAUUUUUACCUUCUGAAAGUGUUUUACUUGUUGUUUGUUUUUAAAAAAAAAUGGUUUGUUGACAA